GAGACGACGCUCUCUACGAUUCCAGGAUGGGGAAAUCUUCCAAAGACAAGCGUGACGCCUACUACCGUCUCGCCAAGGAGCAGAACUGGCGCGCGCGGUCUGCCUUCAAGCUGAUCCAGAUCGACGAGCAAUUCGACCUGUUCGAACACGAAAACCCGGAGAAAGUCACUAGAGUGGUGGACCUGUGUGCAGCGCCAGGCAGUUGGAGUCAAGUGCUGAGCCGUGUGCUGAUCAAGGGCGAGAGUUUCGGCCGGAGGGCGUGGCUGGAGAAGAAGCGCAGAGAGAAGAAGGCGCUGCAGCAGACAAAGGAGGGAGAGGCAGCGAAGACCGAUGACAGUUUGACGACGGGGCAAGACUUGGAGCUGAAGCCGCGGAAGAAUGUCAAGAUUGUGUCGAUUGAUCUCCAGCCGAUGGCUCCUCUCGAAGGCAUCACGACUCUCAAGGCGGACAUCACGCACCCGUCGACUAUCCCGUUGCUGCUGCGCGCUCUGGACCCGGAAGCCUACGAUUCCUCCUCAGCAGACGAUGCUACUGCUGCCCUAUCUGCCCAUAGACAACCCCACCCGGUCGAUCUGGUGAUCUCCGACGGUGCGCCCGACGUGACCGGUCUCCACGAUCUAGACAUCUACAUCCAGUCCCAGCUACUGUACGCGGCGUUGAAUUUAGCGGUGGGCGUCCUGCGGCCCGGAGGCAAGUUUGUGGCCAAGAUCUUCCGCGGGCGAGACGUCGAUCUGCUCUACGCGCAGCUGCGAACCGUCUUUGAGAAGGUCAGCGUCGCCAAGCCGCGAAGCAGCCGCGCCAGCAGUCUGGAAGCCUUUAUUGUCUGUGAAGGGUUCAUCCCCCCAGCAAGUCAUGACGGCUUGGUCGGUAUGCAAGCGUUGAAGACCCCUCUUUUCGGUGGCGCGGCGAUACCAGCCGCGCCCCCAGCAGACGGCAAUCUCGCCAUCCAGGUGCAAGACGAGGAUACCGCAAUGACUGGUCAUAGCAUUGUCGGCGAGGGAGUCGACGUGUCCUCCUCCUCCCUUGAUCCAACCCAUACUACUCAAGUCCGUCAUCUGCAUUCCGAGUCAACGCAGCAGCAGCAGCAGCAGCAACCGCCCCAACGCUACGCGCCAGAGAACAGAUGGAUCCCGUCUUUCAUCGCCUGCGGAGACCUGUCCUCCUGGGACUCGGAUGCCUCGUACGCUCUCCCUCCAGACCACGUUAGUCUGGACCCCGUCCAGCCGCCAACUGCUCCUCCAUACCGACGGGCGCUGGAGUUGAGGAAGGAGAAGGGCGGCGCCUACGGCAAGACAAGGCUAGGCGCUCUCGGUAGAGCAUAAGCCAUUGCAUAUUUUCUCCUAUUCAUCCCGUUUUGUCUUCCAUGUUGUUUGUUGUAUGAAUUGUUUGGUCGGUGUUGCGGAUGAAAAAUAUCUAUCUCUCUAGUAUAUGAUUACCUAGAAAAAGCUACCUAGCCUGUCUCUUGCACAAAAAUAAAAUUCUAUACCCAAUCCAUCAAGACCGAGUCCA